CCAAUUAGUUGAUGUUCGGAUCCUCCUCACAGACAUAGCACCAGUAGGGAGAUUCGACUUACAGAAAUGAAUGUGAUCAGGAGAGGUGUUCGAAGCAUAUACACCACAGUAGAUUCUCCACGCCUCACCAGAUUUGCUCUCCAACCUCCUAAAUUUGUGGAGGUGGAGUUUGAAAACGGCAGUCUGUAUAAGUUGUCAGCUGAGUAUUUGAGAAUAUACAGCCCCGCUGUUGAUAGUAAGAUCAGAUCGAUUUGCGGUGAGAAGGUCAUAUCUGGUAGGCGUCAUGUCGGAAUUAUGUCUGCAGAACCUAUUGGAAAUUAUGGAGUGAGGUUAUUAUUUGAUGACUUGCAUAAGACUGGUAUCUUUACAUGGGACUACUUCUACCAUCUUGGAAGUAACAAAUUCGCCCUCAUGAGAAAUUACAUCAGAACUCUGAAGAAACAUGGACUAAGUCGCGAUCCACCUAGACGAAGAUGACAUUAAGACGUGCCCAUGAGAAGGCUGAUCCACACUAUUUAAGCUGGAAACAUCCUCGUUAUAUGCUCAGAGUGAAAUUGUGACAUAAAACUGUAGUGUUGCAAAUAUUUUAAAGACUGGCUCUUGAUAUGUUAUCAUAUGUUCAGGGAUAUUUGUGGCGUGCUAUAUUCUAGAUCUAGAGAUUGAACAUGCGAUACAAAAGAGGUCAUUAGUUUCUAAGGAACAUUAAGGAAGCUCUUUGUUUGUAAUUUAGAUUUGGGAAGCAUGUUGGUGUUGCAGAACAACAUGCUUGAUUGAAUGAAAGGAACAGUAAACGUUGCAAGUUUGUUUUUUCUUUCUUUUUUAGUUUUGUCAUCUUAGAAUGUCUUCUUUAAUCUGUAUCAGGAAAAAGAGGAAUCAUGAUAGAGAUUGAACG